ACACAGCUCUUUUAUUGGUGCACGUUACAUACACAUAAAAUUGAGACAAGAUAUCAAUACAAAACUUUUUUAUAAAAAUGUUUCUUAAUAAAUAUGAAAAUAUAUUUUUUUGAAUAACUACUAAUGCCAUGAAAUUUGAAGUUUCACCAAGCAGAGACUUCCCUCAACAAAUUCACUUUGAAGAGUAAAAUGAAUACAACUUGAACCAUGCUUCGCGCCACAAAACGCGUUCCUGCAUUCAUCCCUCGUUUUCUACAACCCCUCCGUCAACUCCAUGAAGACAUUGAAGAAAAUAUACAUUUUCACAAGAGCAAAGGCCAACACAUCCUCACAAAUCCCCGAAUCCUGGACACAAUCGUCACAAAAUCCGCAAUAAACCCCACCGACACGGUCCUCGAGAUCGGUCCCGGCACCGGAAACCUCACCCUCAAACUUCUAGAAGCUUCCCACGAAGUCAUAGCCAUCGAACUCGACCACCGCAUGGUUCACAUUCUCGAAAAUCGCGCCAUCAAACGCGGCCUCCGCAGCAAGCUAAGGGUGAUAACUAAAGAUGCAUUGAGAACAGAGUUUCCACCGUUCGAUCUCGUGGUAGCGAACAUCCCUUACGGUAUAUCUUCACCACUUAUAAUUAAACUUAUAUACGAAACGACCCCGUUUCGGAGCGCGACUCUUCUACUUCAGAAAGAGUUUGCUCGAAGAUUACUGGCUAAUCCCGGUGACUCUGAGUUUAACCGGUUAGCCGUUAACGUUAAGCUUUUAGCUGAUGUGGAGUUUGUUAUGGACGUUAGCAAGAGAGAUUUUCUUCCGCCACCUAAAGUUGAUUCCUCCGUCGUUAUAAUUCGACCUAAAGUUAACGUUCCCGACGUUAAUCUCCGUCAAUGGAGGGCUUUCACUAGGACAUGUUUUAAUAACAAGAAUAAAACGCUUGGUGCUACGUUUAAGAGUAAGAGGAAAGUUUUGGAGCUGUUUGAGUUUAAUAAUGUGUCUGGUUUGGUUAGAGAACAAGAUGAUGUUUGUUUGUUUAAGGAAAAGAUUGUUGGAGUUCUUAGAGAGGCAGGGUUUGAUGAUAAAAGACCUUUGAAAUUAUCGAUUGAAGAGUUGUUGCAUUUGCUUUCUUUGUUUAAUAAAGUUGGAGUUUAUUUUGAUCACCAUGGGGAAGUCAUGAAUGAAGAUGAUAUUGAUGACUAAUAGUGAAGAAUUGUGCGAGUGAAUGAGAAAAAAAUAUAAACUAGAUAAGAAUAUUGAAUAAGUUCGAAAAACUUAAUGUAUCAUUUCAUCACUUGUAUAUGGUCACUUUAAUUGUUAAAAGAACAGAUCAUCUAAAAGCGUUGUAUCGAUGAAUAAUACAUAGCAGGUAUUAGUUUUGUAGUUUUGUUUCCUCUGAUAACUGUUACAAUGUUAUGGUGACAAUUCAAGUUUGUUGGGAAGAGUUAUUUAACUUA